AUGACCUCUAAAGCCUUCAAACUGAAAGUCCUCUCUGAACAAGUCCACAACGACUUCGUCAGAGACGCUGGAGAAAGGCUACAGGCACGAUUGGUCAGAGAGGCUGAGGAAAAGGCCAGAAGAGAAGUAGAAGAGAAAGCUCGCCUGGAAGAAGAGAAACGGGUUAGAGAAGCUGCAGAGAAGGCUGUUACUAAAGCUAUUGUUAUGGCUGCUGCUGAAGCUGAGGCAAAAGCAAAAGCUGACGCUGAAGAAGCAGCACGCAUAGUUGCGGAAGAAGCUGCAAAGGCUAGUGCUGAUGCUCUGACUCAGGGGGAGCAAUCAAACUCUGGCUUCGCUCCUCUGGCCCUGAAAACUUUGGAAGAACUACAGAAGGAGCAACAGAUAGUGCGAGCAAGAUUGGAUCACCAGAACUCCGUCAACAACAAUAUUCAGAACCUGCUGACUCAGCUGCUCCAAAGGAUGCCUCCUCUUCUAAACGCUUAG